UCCCCACCCCGAGGGCCGUCCUCUCCGGCCCCGCCCAGCGUGAGGGGCGCGCGGCCGCUAAGGGACCCCGAGACGUCGCCGGCCGCGGAGGAGGAGGCGGCUGGAGCGCGAGCUCGGACCAGCGUCUAGCAGGCGCCGCAGGGUUCACAGAUGGAUUCGGUGGAAAAGACGACAAAUAGAAGUGAACAAAAAUCAAGAAAGUUUUUAAAAAGCCUCAUCCGGAAACAGCCCCAAGAACUGCUGCUGGUCAUCGGGACUGGUGUCAGCGCGGCAGUGGCCCCAGGAAUCCCUGCCCUUUGCUCGUGGAGAAGCUGCAUCGAAGCUGUCAUUGAGGCUGCGGAGCAGUUGGAGGUGCUCCACCCAGGGGACGUGGCGGAGUUCCGGAGGAAAGUGACGAAGGACCGGGAUCUGCUGGUUGUUGCCCAUGACCUGAUCCGGAAGAUGUCACCUCGCACGGGUGACACCAAGCCCAACUUCUUCCAGGACUGCCUGAUGGAGGUGUUUGACAGCUUGGAGCAGCACAUCCAGAACCCCCUCGUGCUGCAGUCCAUCCUUGGCCUGAUGGAGAGGGGUACCAUGGUGCUGACCACCAACUACGACAACCUGCUGGAGAUCUUUGGCCAGCAGCAGAACAAGCCCAUGGAGUCUUUGGACCUGAAGGACAAGACUAAGGAAGUGCUCCAGAACUUGUACCGCACCAAGUCUUUCCUGUUUGUGGGCUGUGGAGAGACGCUCCGGGACCAGAUAUUCCAGGCUCUCUUCCUUUACUCGGUGCCAAAUAAGGUGGAUUUGGAGCACUACAUGGUAGUGCUCAAGGAGGACGAAGACCAUUUCUUUAAGCAUCAGGCAGAUAUGCUUUUGCAUGGAAUCAAAGUAGUAUCCUACGGGGACUGUUUUGACUAUUUUCCUGGAUAUUUGCAAGACCUUGCCACUCAGAUCUGCAAACAGCGAAGUCCAGAUGCUGAUCGGGUGGACAGCACCACGUUAUUGGGUAAUGCAUGUCAGGACUGUGCAAAGAGGAAGUUAGAAGAGAAUGGAAUUGAAGUGUCAAAGAAACUCAGACAAUCGGAUACUGAUGAUGCUGGAGGGUCUUGAAAUACCUAAACCCAGUAAACCUGCAACUUGAAAACCAGCCUUCUGUAGCCACAGUGCCAUGCCCAAACAAUGAAGAAUGUACGGAGAACUCCACACGGAUCUCAAUUCUAAGCUGUCACGUACCCUAAGAGAGCCUUGUGGGCGUGUGGCCCUCAAGGCUGGGUGAAAGAGUUCCCUCUGUGGGUGUUUAAGUGUGCAGGAGGUGACACGAACACACUUCAGGUGUGCUUUGUAAGGAUUGAUGGACAGCUGCUUCAGGGACCAAAAUCGUUGGGAAGGGAGAUGGACCUGGUAUUCCCGAUUCCCAUUCAGCCUGCUUUCUGGCAUCAAGGUGAUGUUUUCCCUAAUAAAAUGGGGAGAGUAAAGACUGUCCAGGCAAUGGUUGUUGCCAAAGAGAACUAGAUACAUUUGUGUGAUUUUCAUGUGGGAACAUCUGUUAACUGUAGAAAACAUCUUGAAGGUAUGUUAUACUAUUCUAGUAAAGAACUGGUGGGUGCUCUGAACCCACACUAAAUCCACUAGUGAAAACUGAGUGGUUUUUAAAAACAAUUAGAUCAAAAAAGCUUCUUUGGAAUUACAUCAUUUUGGUAACUUGUGUUCCAAAGAAAUGGAAGGUCAAAAGGCCUUUUGAAAACCACAGUUUAGCGUCAUGCAGCACCGCUAGGGGGCUGAUAACUGAGGAAGUACAGGGAGGCGCAAGACCAAGUUUUAACCUUUUAGCUAGGUUAUAAAUUCCAAGCUUUCCAAGUCUUCUCUGGAUUAAGGUCCAAGCUUUCUGUUCUUAUUUCUUAAUAUGGGGUGUGAAGAGAUUUUUGAGGGUCUUACACCACUUUAAACAUUUCCAGGAUUUGCACAGGUAGAAAUAGCCACGUGGGGGCACUGCUGUGCCCAGGGAGUGUCCUAUUGUGACUGUGGCACAGGCUCUCCUGAUGGACAGUGUAGUCUCAAAAUGAAGGGUUCUCUUUGGAAAUAAGCCCUCCUUGGUUUCAGCUUGAGGCUGCUCAUUUUUGAUGUGAGAUUUCUUGCCAAGCCCUGUGACAUUCCCUAUUAAUGGCACAGCAGCUGCCGCAGGUGUAAGAAACCAUAGGUUGGGGGUAUAAGGAGUGAGAAGCCCGAGACCUGCUGAAGACUUUCUCUUUUUGAAGCAUGAAAAAAAUUUUAUGCCAUUCUGGUCAUAAAUAAAAAUUUAACUUCUA